GUAAUGCUGAGACGUCUUGCGUUCCAUGUAAAGACCAGGGCCUCGCAACAAUCACUAACUCGACGGAAUUAUGCAUCCACGUCAAUUCCUCCGAGUCGAAAGAUUCAACGCACUUUCGGAAUAGCUGUUGGGGUCGUGGUUACCUUGGGCGUGAGCGCGCUGGUCAUUGACAAAUGUACCCACGCAUGGCUGGAGUAUGACCUUGACCGUCAAAAGAAAAGAAUGCAGGAACCAGACAUACGUGAAUAUGGGUGGGACUUGGAGGCGGAGAGGUGGACGGGAGACCCCACUCAAGGCGGGACGGAUUCUGGUCUUCCCUCAGCGGGGCGAGAAGCUGUACGAACAGCUUGGUUCUCAUACCACCGUCCUGCCAACUACAGUUCCUCGGACGUGUCACCUGCUGACGGGCCAAAUGUUGUUGACUCAUUGAUCAUGCGAACGGAAUCCUGUCUUCGCGGUGCGAUUGCAAUUGCAGAGGACCCAAACGUAAUCAGUCAUCUCCAUCCGUCCACACUCCCCGAUCUUAUCUUACGGCGAGCGUCUGUCUUGGAACGUCUCGGGCCCGAGCGCUUGGAUGAAGCUCGAGUGCAAUAUGGGGAAAUGUUCUGGAAUGUGAUGGGUGGAAGGGGUCUGGAAGGGGCUCGCAUUGCUGUGAAACUUGGAGAUCUGUCUCGGAGAAUCGGGGAUGGUGAUGAAGCUGUCGCAUGGUGGGCAAGAGCGAUUCGGCUUUCCGAAACGGAUGGGGUGUACUCAAACACUGGAACGACUUCUGUCAUCGUUCCCGAGUCGCCUGGCUCCUCGCCUGCCGCACAAAGAAGCAUGCUCUCUGCGUUGCUGUCCGCGUCCGCCUACUACGCAUCGACAAGGCAGUUGAAACAAGCGCGCAAAGUGACCGAAGACACUCUGCAUCUGUUCGAGCCACUACAGUCAUCGGAGGGAAAGCCCAGACCCCCACACAUGUUGCAUGUCUUGUUCGUGAGACAGCGCUCUGCAGUCCUCUCGACGCAUCUCGGCGAGAUCCUUUGGGCACAAAAAGCACCUGCGGAGCAGUAUGAGCGGAGAUUACUGGCGUCGGUUCUAGGCUCCGAGGAGGUGGCCUUCCAUCUCGUAGGAAUGACUUUCAAGGGUGCCGACGAGUUGACCCAAGCGAGUCCUCUGCAAGUGCAGAAACGACCCAUUCUCGGCGCGUACAGCAGCCAUCCCGCUCUAAAAAAGCCGGCCGAAACGCUGCUCCAAGACGCCCAGCGCAGCGCCGCCGCUACGUUGAACAUUCUCGGAGAACUGGUCGAGAGGGAAGGGCCCGAUCGCCACCACAUUGCCCUGGCAUACUAUACCAAGGCCCUCUGCUGGCUGGGGCAGCCUACUAGCGCCGACGGCGAAAAUUGGGAACGCAUGGACUUUGUUCUGAGAGAGGAGUGGAUGCCUAUCCUGAAUAACUACGAGCGCCUUGUCCAAGCACUUGUCGCUAAACGUAGAAGUACUCUAGAUCUCUCCGUCGAGAAGAAGUAUACCUAUUGGCUCUCGAAGGCAUCGUGGGCGGGCGGACGCAUCAUCCAGGAGCAAUGGUCGCCUCAGGCCACGGCUCUCCAUGAUCUCUUGAUCCUCACCUUCAGCGACGGCGAGGGAAAGCUUGCUGAUCUGCCCGCUCUGAAAACGAAAGCAGGAGUGGCAGAGUCUGACUUCGAGGAUCUUCUGCAGUACACGUCACAAACUCUGAGCAAUCUCGUCAACUUCAAGACCUUCGGAUCUACCAAAAUUGUUCCGCGUCUUGCAGCAGAAAAGUUCGAGGCUGUUGUGACCGCUUCGGCCAAUGCUUCCGCGUUACCUCUAUGGAACUCGCUCAAGGAUCAUAUCUACUCUCUUAGCCCAGAGUCCUCCCUGUUUAUCGGAAAACCAAGUGAAGGACAGAUCUCGAACUAUUACUUGGGAGAGACGAUCACGGACGAAGAGGUCGCGAACAUCCAAGCUGCGGCUGAGAAGAUCGAGGUGGACAUACUCAACACUCGGAUCCAGAAAGACAGCGCGACCUCCUUCACUCUCCUCGUCGCUUCCUCGCAACUGAAGCCGGAACAGACCGUGGACCUGGGCGACGGCGCUCAGCUGACGGUCAAGUACGGAGACAUGCAGAAAUAUCUCGCUGAGGUCGUCGUGAGCCUCAAAGAGGCAAAGAAAUAUGCGCGGAACGAACAACAGACGAAGAUGAUCGAGGGCUAUAUCAAAUCCUUCGAAACCGGAUCUAUUCAAGAUCACAAGGAUGGCAGCAGACAUUGGGUCAAGGAUGUCGGGCCGGUCGUCGAAUCUUACAUCGGAUUUGUGGAAACAUAUGUGGACCCAUAUGGAGGACGCGCGGAAUGGGAAGGCUUCACCGCCAUCGUCAACAAGCAACUGAGUGCAAAGUACGAGAAACUGGUCGACCGCGCCCCCCAUCUGAUCCAGGAUCUGCCUUGGGGAAAGGACUUUGAAGUCGACGUGUUCCGCAAGCCAGACUUCACCGCUCUGGAGGUAGUCUCAUUCGCAACUGGAGGUGAGCCUGUCCAUUGCUUGAGCGAGUCCCGUUUAAAUCGAGCCCAGGUAUUCCCGCCGAUCCCCAACUAUUACGAAAUCAGAGAGUCUGCCGGAUUCAAGAACGUGUCGCUGGCGAAUAUCUUGGCUGCGAAAGCCCCUGGGGAGGAGCUGACGUUCAUCCAUCCUGACGAUGAGAACACGGAUGGAACGAAGAACUUUGCGGCCGAUCAGAUUGUCAACCCGCUGACUGGCCAGCCGAUCUCGACUUGGUACCGGCCUGGGCAAACAGCUGACAGCGUCCUCGGCGAGGUGUCUUCUUCGAUGGAAGAAUGUCGGGCUGAGGCUGUGGCACUGUAUCUGGCCAGUAACCUGGAGAUUCUCGAAAUCUUCAAGUACUCUGAGACGCAAGACAUCGAAAACAUUCAGUACAUCUCUUUCCUGUUGAUGGCCCGGGCUGGCAUCCGCGCGCUUGAGUUCUACGACCCAGCCACCAAGAAACACGGCCAAGCACAUAUGCAGGCACGUCUUGGGAUCAUGCAGCACUUGCUCAAGUCUGGCCUUGUCACUAUCGAGGAAGUGAGGAAAGACGGGGUGUUGGAGAAUCUGUACGUCAAGGUUGAUCGGAGCCGGGUCCUUUCUGAGGGGAAGAGCGUCAUGGGCAAGCUGCUCGUCGAGCUCCAAGUGCGGAAGAGCACAGCAGAUGGCGCCAGUGCGCGUGACUUCUACACCCAACUGACCACUCCCUUGGACACUUUCACUGCGGAGGUCCGCAACUUGGUUCUCAAGAAGAAACUACCGAGAAAAAUAUUCGUCCAGCCGACGUUGCACAUCGACGGCCAAGGGGAAAUCCAGCUGAAAGAGUAUCCGCUGACAACGGCCGGAGUCAUCGAGAGCUGGAUCGAGCGAAAGUUGUGA